GCUGUGCGGGCUGCGGGGAGGGCUCCGGGGCAGUCGGGGAAGCCGGGCCCCGCGCCGCCGGGCAACUUCCGCGGGCGCAAGGUCGGAGCUUGGCGCCGGCCGGGACAGAGAGGAAAUAGCAGAAUAUUUUUGGACAAGGUCUAAAUCAGAAGCCUGGAUGAAUGAACUUGAAAUUAACAUGGGAUUCUUAGUUUUUCAAGAUCUGUACCCACGGAACCUUUAAUCCCUGCCAAUGCUGACAUCUAGGCUCCCUCUGGUUUUGUGAAGAUGGAGCAAAACUCUGAUGAUGGAAAAGCAAAAGCCUUAAUUACUUGCUUCAUAGCAUCUAAAGUCAUUUGAAAAUGAAACCAGACAGUAGUACAGCCAUGGAAAAGAAUUCAAGUUUAUGGAAGAACCUAAUAGAUGAGCACCCAGUCUGUACAACCUGGAAGCCAGAGGCCGAAGGAGCCAUUUAUCAUCUUGCCAGUAUUUUAUUUGUAGUAGGUUUCAUGGGUGGCAGUGGAUUCUUCGGGCUCCUUUAUGUCUUCAGUCUUCUGGGGCUGGGUUUUCUCUGCUCUGCAGUGUGGGCAUGGGUAGAUGUCUGUGCUGCUGACAUAUUUUCCUGGAAUUUUGUACUGUUUGUCAUCUGCUUCAUGCAAUUUGUUCAUAUUGCAUAUCAAGUUCGCAGCAUAACUUUUGCCCGAGAAUUCCAGGUGCUGUACAGCUCCCUUUUCCAGCCCCUGGGGAUCUCUUUGCCUGUCUUCAGAACAAUUGCUUUGAGCUCUGAAGUGGUUACUCUGGAAAAGGAGCACUGUUAUGCCAUGCAGGGGAAAACCUCCAUUGAUAAACUCUCCCUGCUUGUCUCAGGAAGGAUCAGAGUGACAGUUGAUGGUGAAUUUCUGCACUACAUUUUCCCCUUUCAAUUUCUGGAUUCUCCUGAGUGGGAUUCACUGAGACCCACAGAAGAAGGCAUUUUUCAGGUAACCCUCACAGCAGAAACUGAUUGCCGAUACGUGUCUUGGAGGAGAAAGAAAUUAUAUUUGCUUUUUGCUCAGCACCGUUACAUCUCCCGCCUGUUUUCAGUUUUAAUUGGCAGUGACAUAGCAGAUAAACUGUAUGCCUUGAAUGACAGGGUAUACAUUGGGAAAAAAUACCACUACGACAUUCGGUUACCCAACUAUUAUCAUAUGUCAAGUCCAGAAGUGCCCAGAUCACCCCUGACAGAACCAUUUCAGAAUUCCAAGCGAUACUGUAAUAAAUGAUAUCAAAAUCUGAAGUUUUAUUACUAUUGUAAAAAGACUCUUAAUCAUUCCCCAAGAGAAAUAGCAAAAUACAGAAGAUUGAUCUCACUGAUUUUUUAUAAAUCAAAUUCAGAGGCAAGAUGCCAAUGCCAGAUGUUUUAUUCAUCUCAACUUCUGCUUUGCGAAUAAAUUUUACAAAUUUUUCUCAUA